GCCGGCCGCAUUGUCAAUUUGUCAUGACUGUGUCAUGGCAGUAAGUGUCCACUGUAGAACAGACUACAGAGUACGUGUCAUGGAGUACAUUUCCGUGCCAUUGUUAUAAACAUCCCUCGAUCGCCAUCGCUAGCCAUUUUUAGUUUCAUCCAACUCCAAGCCAGUGCUCCUCGCUCUAGAAUCCUAGACUCCUAGUUAAUGGCCGGCGGAUCAGGUCAGUCUUAACUAACCACCAGCUAGCAGCGCCACCUCGAGAGCAUCGCCAUGGUAGGGCGGGAGGGACCGGCCGUGUAGCGGAGGGGCCGCUCGACGAUGGUGGUGCACGUGGUGCUCCUCGCCGUGCCGGCGGUGGGCGGGUUCAUGCAGGCGUUCAAGUUCUCGGUCCUGCUCUGGCCGUUCAACAUCACGCUGCCGCUGCUCCGCCACCUGCCGCGCGUCUGCCUCACGCUCAGGGCCGCUGCGGCGCACUACCACGCCGAGCUGCGCGCGUACCUCACCGGCCGCAGGACGGUGCCGCUGCCGGAGCCGCGGUACUCCACCCUCCGUGGCGUGCAGAGGCGCGCGCGUGGGCAGCUCGCCGCGCACGCCAUGAUCUCCCUCGUCGACAUAUCUUACUGAAUGUCGCUUUGCGUUGCGCGCUUGAGAUGUUUGAUUCUGGCGGUGCUAUUCUUGGUUGGAUAGGUUGGUUCAGAGUUUUCUUUGGAUCCUGCACAUAGCCACAUAGGUCUUCCUUUUUCUUUUUCUUUUUUCUUUUUUUUUUUGCCUGCAUUCGUCGGACGCGUUGAUGAAUUUGUUGUGAUAUCUGUAACCAUUUCUGAAAUGCGAAGGAGCUUAAGUUAGGGCAUA